UCAUGCUGCUGCCAGGUCCAGAGUGUCUCAUGGGUCCCUGUACGGCCUCCCAUUGCUGCUGUCUCCAUCGCCACACUCUGCCAUGUGCCACUUUCAGGUCUCCUCACACUGCUGGUGUGUUCCAUUUUUUGUCAUAGGGUGCUGGCAGAUUACGGGCCUCCCAUAGCUGCUGCCAGGCCCCUAAUCUGCCAUGGGCCCCUGUACCGCCUCCUCAUGCUGCUGCCAGGCCCCUAAUCUGCCAUGGGCCCCUGUACCGCCUCCUCAUGCUGCUGCCAGGCCCCUAAUCUGCCAUGGGCCCCUAUACCGCCUCCUCAUGCUGCUGCCAGGUCCAGAGUGUCUCAUGGGUCCCUGUACGGCCUCCCAUUGCUGCUGUCUCCAUCGCCACACUCUGCCAUGUGCCACUUUCAGGUCUCCUCACACACUGCUGGUGUGUUCCAUUUUUUGUCAUAGGGUGCUGGCAGAUUACGGGCCUCCCAUAGCUGCUGCCAGGCCCCUAAUCUGCCAUGGGCCCCUGUACCGCCUCCUCAUGCUGCUGCCAGGUCAGGUCCACAGUGUCUCAUGUCCCUGUGCCGGCCUUUCAUUGCUGCUGUCUCCAUCGCCACACUCUGCCAUGUGCCACUUUCAGGUCUCCUCACACUGCUGGUGUGUUCCAUUUUUUGUCAUAGGGUGC